GGGAGUGGCUUAAUCCCAAGAGAGUUGGAAAACAAAGUAUAGAGUGAAAGAAUGGGUGAGAAAAGCAAGAUUUUGAUCAUAGGAGGCACCGGCUACAUCGGCAAACAUAUAGUGGAAGCAAGCGCAAAGGCUGGAAAUCCCACUUUUGCUUUGGUGAGGGAAUCCACACUCUCUGACCCCUCCAAGGCACAACUCAUCCACAAUUUUGAGGCUUUGGGCGUUAAUUUGGUCCGCGGGGAUCUGUACGAUCAUGAGAAGUUGGUGAAAGCUAUCAAGCAAGUAGAUGUCGUCAUAUCCACGCUGGGUCACCUGCAGCUUGCCGAUCAGCUCAAGAUCAUCGCUGCCAUUAAGGAAGCCGGUAAUGUUAAGAGGUUUUUCCCUUCGGAAUUCGGUAACGACGUGGAUCGUGUCCAUGCCGUGGAACCAGCAAAAUCUGCAUUAGCUAUCAAAGCCCAAAUUCGACGCAGCAUUGAAGCCGAAGGCAUCCCCUAUACGUACGUUUCCAGCAACUACUUCGCUGGCUAUUUUCUUCCCACAUUAGCACAACCAGGUGCUUUUGCUCCACCUCCACCCAAAGACAAAGUCAUUAUCUUGGGCGAUGGAAAUCCUAAAGCAAUUUUCAACAAGGAAGAGGACAUUGGAACCUACACCAUCAGGGCUGUGGAUGACCCUAGGACAUUGAACAAGAUUCUCUACCUCAGGCCCCCUAAGAACAUUUACUCGUUCAACGAGCUUGUGGCCUUGUGGGAGAACAAGAUUGGCAAGACCCUCGAAAAAAUUUAUGUACCAGAGGAGAAGGUUCUCAAGGACAUCGAAGAGGCACCUCUUCCAAUCAAUGUGGUAUUAGCAAUCAACCACUCAGUGUUCGUGAAGGGUGACCACACCAACUUUGAGAUUGAGCCAUCUUUCGGGGUUGAGGCUUCUGAGUUGUACCCGGAUGUCAACUACACCACCGUGGAAGAAUACCUUGGUCAGUUCGCUUGAGAAUUUAAAAGGAGAAAGAUGCUCUUGUGAUCGGAUAUUUAAAUAAUCUGAGUUGUUGAUUUGGAGAGUGGAAGAUUGUGUUUUAUGUCAAAAGAUCGCUAUGUGAUGUAAUCUUGCCUUUCAUGUGUAGAAUGUUCCUACUUGAAUGGUUGAAAAAUAAUAAAUGACUUACGAGUUGAGAUAAUAACCGAGUUUCUGCC